CAAACGACCUAAUUGAUUGGUAAAUUGCCGCCCAUCUUUCAAAUUCAGAGCUUCAACUCGAUUCGCAGAAGGGAAAUUGAGAUUAGGGUUUUGGGUUUAAGUUUUAGGAUUCGAUUAUUGGAAGAUCAAAAUAUAGACCCCAGGAGUUCUGUUCGGUCCAAGCAACGAAAUGGAGCCUAUAACCUACGUUGUCGACAAAUUAAAAGGUUUCGGAACCGCAAGCCAUAAUUUCAUCGAUGGCUUAGUUCAUCGCCGAGAGAAGUCGUCUCGCCGGAGACCGAUUGAAAUCCUGAAGCGGCUGCAAAGGGAAGCAUUUUCAGAUCUGAUGAGACUUAGGGAUAGACAAGACAAGGUGGAGAAGACAUUAUCCUUUUACGGUACACAGAAGAGCAGCCCAUUCCAGGAAAGUGCCACCCACGUUAAAGGAGAAGUUGAUUUAUUGGGUGCCUUGCUAUUGAUGAGUGUUAUUGAUAGAAAUAGCUGCAAUGCACUUUGUAGAGCAGGAAUAUCCACAGGAAUUCACUCAAGGUUGACUUUUGAAGCAACUGUACGAGAGAACGAUUCUCUUGUUGCAGAGUUUGUAGCCAAUCAAAAGGCCAUUGUGGAUUUUGGUGUCCAUUCUGGAAGUGAACUUACUCUAUCUAAAGUUUUUUACAAGGCUAGUGUCGGAGAUUGGAUGUCUGCAAUUGCAAUUCCUCUUGGAGCUCGAUGUCGAGAUGUUGCAGUAAUAGCAAAUCCUUCUCAUCAGGAAAAGGGUCUUACCGAUAUUUCAUCUUUUGGACCACCCCUUUUGGAUCAGCCUAGUGGUGGUGCCAUUGGUUUAACUGUGAGAAAAUCCAAUGUUACUGCUUCCUUAGCUCAAUUUAUUUCUACAGAGAGAAUACAACCGAGUUUCGACCGGAUUCAACAUUACCUAAGUACUUUCGGGCAACUGGUGUAUCAACUUCCAAGAGGAACAAAACUCUCGCUUUUGGGUCUUCUCCAAGCACCAAAAUUUACUCAACACGUCAAUCUCGGAGCUCUAACACUUCCAGUAUCCCUCGGAAGUCGGCAUACAUCUCCUGAAACAGUUGAAGCACCUGAUCCACUCUCCUCAACUGUUUCAAGGAAAGCUAUGUCAAGGGGUUCUAUUGCUUUACUGUUGGAGUCUGAACUUGAUGAGUUAACCAGGAUUGGAGGUUGGGUUGAGGUGAGCCAAUCAAAUCCUAAACAUAUGCAAUGGGCUGUGUCAGUGUCUGAUAAUAGUGAAGAUGCAUUAGGUUGGGGAAUGAGUUUAAGUGGGAUCACUCAAGGCCCCUUAGACAGGAGUCAGUUUCAGGUUGAAUCUUAUGUCAAACUUAACAUGAGUAAGAGAUUCAGCUUAAAGCCAGGAAUUGCAUAUGUGACAGACGGCGAUGCCAAAAUGAUGGCCUUUCUAGUUCGAUCUAACUGGUCACUCUGAUAUCAAUCUUAUGAAAUGUGACAAUUUUUCCUGCUCGUGUACGUUGAAAGAGGAUACUGCUCGUCUGAAAGGUCCAUAUGUGCCUCCUUUGGAUGUGAUGUCUAUAUUCAGAACUCUUUCAAAAGGAAAAGUGAAGUGCUGCUUCCGGAAAUUUUCCUCGCUGGAAGCUUCUUCUCCUUGUUCCGAACCAGGAUGGUUUCAUGCCAAAUUUGAUGAAUAAUAUCAUCAGAGAUGAUUGUAGAAGAGAGCUUAGGAGUUAAUGAUAGAAGGCAAACGUCAGUGGAGAAAUCAUGUGAUUCUACUAAUCUUUCUUCUGGUGCUUAGAUUUUCAUCACAUGUCAGUUCAUCCCUGCAUUAAUACCUGUUAGAAACUUUAUGGCAAACUAUUAAAUAAAUUAUUUUCUAUUUGUUAUAA